AUGCAGGAACAGGAUCAGCCGGCGCAGCUGCCCGACUGGAUUGAGCGCAGCGACCGCACGGCGCGGCGGCGCUAUCGGAUGCGUCUGGCGAGACCGGCCAUCGCGGCCGGGGCACUGGUGCUGGUCGCCAUCUUAGGAUGGAUAUUCUGGUUCAGCCUGCCCAAUCCGGUGCGCUGGUUUGCGGGAAGCCCGUCGGCCGCCGCGUCAUCCUCGUCCAACGCCGGCCGCUGGUCGAUGCUGGGUUACGGUACCAAUCUCAAUGGGUUCAUUUCCGAGGUGGAGCGACAACCCGACGGCCGCGUGAUCUGGUCCCGGGACCUGGGGCCGUACACUCGCUCCGCGCCGCUGGUGGCGGAUGGCAAGGUGUUCGUCGGCGGGCAUUUCCAGGUGUCGGCCCUGGACGCCGAAACGGGCGAGCAGUUGUGGUCGGUGGAAACCCCGGGCCCCAUGGACCAUGCCACGACCAUCGCCAACAACAACCUGAUGUUUGUGGGCAUGACCAACCACCGUAUCCUGGCGCUGGACCAGGACACGGGAGAGCAGACCUGGGACUUCAAGGCACACCUGCCCAUUUCGGCCUCCGCACUGGUGCAUAACGGCGUCGCCUACGUCACUUCAGCCGGAAACAUCAUCUACGGCCUGGAUGCCCAGACCGGCGAACAGCUCUGGAAGCACAAGCUGCGGGGGAACGUGAAGACCAUCCCCGCGCUGCGGGACGGCCGGAUUUACGUGGCGGACGACGAGGGCAACCUGUACUUCAUCGAUGCCGACGACGGCCGGCGCCGGUUGCGGUUCCUGACGGCUGGUUCAGCAUCCGGGCCCCCGGUGGUAACGAACGACACGGUGUAUUUCCCGUCGGGCGGCACGCUGUACGCCAUCGACACCGACGUAAAGGGCAUGCCCGGGCUCUACUGGAUCAAGCGCGCCUGGUUCCAGGUGUGGAUCUGGCAGGUACCAUUCGUCCCGGCGCCGCCGGCCCAGCGCGGAGAGCGGUGGCGGUUCGCGCCGGAGGAUCGAGCGUCCCAGGGAGUGGUCGGCUCACCCGCGAUCGCCGCGGGCGUGUACUACAUCGGCGACAGCGACGGCCUGUUCUACGCCCGUGAUGCCGCCACCGACGGCGAGUUAUGGCGGUUCGAGGCCGGCGGCGGGAUUGUCAGUUCCCCAAUCAUCCUGGGCGACCGCGUGUAUUUCGGCACGCGGGCCGGCAUUCUCCGCGCGUUGAACCGCGCCGACGGCUCGGUAGUAUGGGAACUGGAUCUGGGCGGGCCAAUAGAAUUGCCGCCGGCCUACGCCGACGGCAGGUUGUACGUCCGCACCGCCGAUGGGCGACUGCACGCGGUGGACUAG